CUCAAAAAAAUGUUGAAUGUUGAUGUAAUUGGUAACAAGAAAAGGAAAAGAUGUGGGAGAGUUUUUAGGUUCAAGAAUUUUGGUGAACAAGGGUACCCCGUUAUGUUUAAUGGAACAUCAUUUCGUGAGAAUGUUAAUGCUUUACUUGAAUAUGCAAAUUUGGAGAGUAAUUUAAAUAUGGGAAUGGCAAUGUGGUCUUUUCAACUUGAAUUGCAUCAUCAUCCACCUUUGCAUAUUUUGUUGUUUGUGAUUGAAGAAUCUAUUGAGGCAGCUCUCAAUCGUCAUUGCAACCAUUGUCAAUACGUUGGGUGGGGCAACCAUUUCAUUUGCAAUAAGAAGUAUCAUUUCCUAUUACCCUCAAAAGAAGCACUAAGUAGUUGCACAAGCUGUGAAAGUUGUUGUGAUUCAAUUGGUACAAUGAAAUUAAUAGAAUUAGAGGGACAUAUGAUGCAUGGUGUAUUUCACUCUAAUGGAUUUGGACAUUUGCUAUGUGUUAAUGGCUUGGAAACUGGUUCCAAUUUGGGUGGGAAUCAAAUUAUGGAGUUUUGGAAUCGUUUGUGCAAUGGAUUGCAAGCAAGGAAAGUGAGUUUGAAUGACACAUCACAAAAAAGAGGCAUGGAAUUGAGACUUGUGAAUGGAAUAGCAUACAGUGAGCCAUGGUUUGGUCGUUGGGGAUAUAAAUUUGGUCGAGGAUGUUUUGGUGUAACACAAUCAAUGUACCAAAAAGCCAUAGAAGCAAUAAGAAGCAUGCCACUAUACUUACUCACACAUCACAUUGCAAAUUUCAAUCAUGAAAUCCCAUUAAUCUUCUCAAGGUACCAAACACUUUCUGAUCACUCUCUUAUCACACUUGGUGACUUAUUUCACUACAUGUUAGAGCUCAAGUCACGGCUUCCACGCGAAACAUCCAUUAGUUCCUACAACACAAGUGCUUUAGUCGAAACAAAUUGUCGUUGGUCACCUAAAAGGAUCGAAAUGGCAACAAGGGUCAUUGUUGAGGCCUUAAAAAGAACGGAAUUCAGGUGGAUUUCAAGACAAGAAGUUAGGGAUGCCGCACGUGCUUAUAUUGGCGACACUGGUUUGUUGGAUUUUGUUUUGAAGUCGCUAGGAAACCACAUUGUUGGAAACUACUUGGUUCGUCGAAGUUUGAAUCCGGUUACCAAAGUUUUGGAGUAUUGUUUAGAAGACAUUUCUAAUGUUUACCCUUGUAAUGAAGGGUUGGUUAUGAGUAGUAGUAAUAAAGUUAAGGACAAGUACAAGAUCACAAGGGGUCAACUCAUGAAAGACAUGAUUUGUUUGUAUAGAUACAUACUAAUUGACACAAAACCAAUUAUAGGGUCAGAAUUUCUUUCAGCUAUACCAUUGGCAGCUAGAAUAAUUCUUGACACUAAAUAUUAUAUCAAAGACUAUGGAGAGGUUCCUUUGCAAGUUGAAGUAGGAUCGGAAGGAAAAUUCAAUCUUUAUUGUACAAUUUUGCUGAGGAAUGUUAACAAUGGAGUACAUGAUCAUGAGUAUUAUUUGAACAAGGAUAUGCCAAUGACAAUUCCAAUUCCAAUGCCACCUUAUGAAUGUAUCACAUUGAAAAGUUGUGCUACAAUUAAUGACUUAAAGCUAGAAGUUGAAAGGAAUUUUAGGGAAAUCUAUUGGGGAUUAAAGAGUUUUGUAGUGGAAUCUAAUGGGAAUUUGAUGAAUGCAAAAGGGAAUGAAAUGGUUUUUGGGAUGAUUGAAGUUGGUGGAAAACUUGUACUUGAAGGUUGGAAUGGUGGUGACAUUGGAAUCAAUAUGGUUGAGCAAAUAUGUGAAAGGGAUCCAAAUAAAGGCAUUGUUGAGUGCAUUUGUGGAACUAAAGAAGAUGAUGGUGAGAGAAUGGUGUCUUGUGAUAUUUGUGAAAUUUGGCAACACACUAGGUGUGUUAGAAUUCCAAAUGAUGAAGAAGUUCCUCAUAUUUUUCUAUGUAAAAGGUGUGAGCAAGAAAUUGUUCUUUUCCCUUCUUUGCCAUAACUAUA